AUGAAACGUUUGUAUCGAAGUGAUUCAGAUGACGGUGAUGAUAAUGUUAAUUCUGGUCUUAGUCCAAAUUCAAUGACUUAUGAUUUUGAACAUGUGAACAAUCGAAAAAAGCGUCGCGGUAUUAUCGAAAAACGUCGACGAGAUCGAAUUAAUCAUAGUUUAACGGAAUUGAGACGACUUGUACCACAAGCAAUACAAAAAGACGGCGCAGCUAAGUUAGAAAAAGCAGAAAUUUUGCAAAUGACAGUUGAACAUUUGAAAACACUUCAACCAAAAGACUCAUCUCAUUGGACACAUGAUACGGCAGAUUAUCGUUCAAUUGGUUUUCGUGAAUGUAUUGCUGAGGUUUCACGGUAUUUAAUAUCGAAUGAAGGUUUCGAUGUACAACAUCCUUUACGACUACGACUUUUAUCACAUUUGGAGUGUUUUACUGUUCGUGAUACUAAUACUGGCGAAAAAACAACGGCAGUCAUCAAUAAUGAUCGAGAAUCAGUUCAUAGUCAAAAGUGGCUGCAGAACGAUGUCUCCUUUCAGUUUCCUUCAUCUUGGCCACAAACAUCGAAUGUCUCAUGUUUAACACAACCAAGUGCCUUUAUGACUCCAACAACAACUAUGCUUCAAAAUAAACACUUGAAUUCAUUGUCCUGCAUGACAAAUUCACCGUCAACAUCGCGUUAUCAUGCAACGUUCAAUAUGAAUGUAACAAGUCAUCUAACACCAGAUGUACCCUACAAUGUAUUUUCACAAAUGUCUACGUCACCUUCUACGCAAAAUAUUAGUGACAAAUUGAAUGAUCAUCAAAUAAUUCCAUUUCAUGAUUCAGGAUCACCUUGUUCAAUUUCUAAAACGAGUCACCUCAUGUAG